GGUAAGCAGCCAAGGGUAUCGAAUGCAAAUAUGACGGUUGCGUGCCACAACGAUUAUCUAUUUUGGCAACUUAAUUGUGUUUUGUUAAUCGCUGAUUAAGUGCGAAGUAUGCAAAUUUUUCACGAAGGGGCGUAAACGUUCCCAGUUCUAUAAAUCCUUAACCCCGUGGGCCAUCGAACAUCAGUCGUCCGUCUGUGAUUCAAAAUAAUCUUUCGUGUCAUAAAGCCAAUCCGCUCGUACACACACAUAACAUUAUUAUCAUACAAAACGGUUUUUUCCGUUUUCGUGCCAGCAAGUCAAUAUGAACGUGAAAAUUAUUGUAAUCGCAUUGUUCGCAGUUGUGACGCUUCUCCAGAUUUACCAGUGUAAACCAACACAUCGGUUUGUUAGAGAAACUAACGAUGAAGAUGAGGGUAGAACCAAAAAAAUAAAAGAAUUUCUAAGCCAGUUUUACGGAGGCUCUACAACUCAGUCACAACAGUCUUCCACACAGUCAGGUUCAUCAUCACCAUAUCAACCACAAUCGUCAACAUCAAAUCAGCCAGGUUCAUCAACACCAUAUCAGCCAGGAUCAUCCAAUUAUCCAGAUCCAUCAACAUCACCUUUGGUGGAAACCCCAGCUGGGCCUGAAUCAUACUGAGGCGCAGCCUUGCAUAGCAGUUGAAGAAGGAAGCACUUCUUAGUCUGGGACUUCCGUUCUAUACACGUCAAGUCAAUACCAAAAACACUUCCCCAAACCAAAUCAAUAUACCCAAUAUCAAAAUCAAAUUCCUCAAUCAAUGAACCAUUUUUUAAUACUAGAAUUUUAAUUUCACUGGUGUCUGCAAGACCGAUGAACAGUGUCCAGCCCAGAAUACAUCAAGUAUAUAUACCUAUUGAUAAGAACAAAAUAAUUUUGUAAAAAAAACAAUAUUGAAUUUUUAUCUGAUUAAUAGUAAAAUAAUAAAUUAUCUCCAUUUUAACUAGAAUAAUCUAUAUUAU